AUGGAUAGGGGCCCAUCUCAGUGGCGCUUGCAACUGCCGCCUAAUCUCCAAAAAGAGUGUACAGAAGCAUCAGAGGAGUCCUCCGCUAUACCUGCCCGCGCUCGCAGGAGGUGGAGCUCUGUGAUGGGUGUACGCCCCCCCGUGGUGCAAAUGGUCGACGGGUUACCCCUUAAUUUGAGAGGCCCCUCCUCACAGAUUGAGGAUAGGGGUUUAGGGACCUCCGAGCGGCCCACUCGGGCUCCUCUAGGAGACGCCAAACUCUGUGAAAUAGAGGUACUGCAGGCUGGAUGCUGCACUGUGCGAUUCGAUACGAUGCGGCAGCUCGUAGACCAGCUGAACGAGAAGGGGCUGCUCCAGAAGUAUGCAAGGCUUAGCCCUGCGCUCCCACUCGCUGAAAAGAAACAACCGGAAGCGAGUUGCCAAGCUGUUUUAAUUGAGGCCUCACCUAUCGUAGACUCAAUCCCUAAAAUCUUGGCGUAUUCCUGGUGUGCGGCUGCUCAGUCAGAGGUUUACUGCGAGGUAGAGCUCCUGUCGUUUGUUCCUUUUAAGUCCUACGUGUCAAUUGGUGUUGCCACUGCCCCAUACCCCCAGAACCAUCUCCCUGGCCUCCUUCCGGGCUCUUGCGCCCUUCUUUCCACUGGACAAGUGUGUGUGGGCAGCCAGCAUUCGGCAGCGGAUGGGCAGGUUUUAAUGGAGGGUGACGUGAUCGGCUGCUUGUUCUGCCGUAGAUCGGGGAAAAUUCUUUUCUUUUUAAAUGGAAUACCCGAAUGGGAGGUGAGGUGUCCAGAUAUACUGCUCCCGGAGUCAGCGGCCGAGCUCUCCCCACGAGGCGAUUUACGCACCAGAAAUUUUGGGGGGGCCGCACAGGGCGAUCUCACGACGGAUACAGGCUCGAUAGACAUGUACAUCACGUUAGGCGUCUUAGGAAAGGGAGAGCUGGAGAUUAAUUUUGGUGGGAAAGCCUUUAAUUUAACGGGCGAGAUUACCAAGGUGUCGAAAGGAGCGGUGCAAUCGACAGCACCCAUCGCUGCAAGGGCAUUUGGAUACCGGCUCGCCAAAUUCCAUGUCAUGCUCGAUGAGUUGAAACUCUUUUAUGCGUGCUUUAACCCUCCCAUGGUUCCCAAGGCGAAGGGGAUGGAGUUUAAUGCGGAGCUCAAAGAGGCACACGGGAAAGACCUAACAGACGUCAGACAGCAGGCUAGGGACAUUAACAAACGGAAGCUGGUGAACUUCUUCAGGCAGCAUGAUAUUCAGCGGUUGUCCCAAGUUGACCGCAUCUUUGAAGACUUUGAUGGAGACUCUUGGCGGUUAAAUGAAUUCCUAAGGAAGAACUACGGGGUGGACAUGACGAACUGCUCUGUCAGACGCAAGCAGAGUGUAGAGGCAAUGUUGGUGGAUUAUUUCAAGUUGAUGAAACGGCGCCAAGACUCCCUCAAACUGGAAAUGCAGGAUAACGAGGCACUAGGGAAUAUGAGAGGGCAGGAUAGCGACAUACAUGCUGAAGCGGCUGCUGCAGGAUUCGGCAGCAGUGCAGCAAGUGAUUCGCAGGCUGCCCUUUUUCGAGCAGUGGCGGAUCAGGCCCUGUUCAAACCUGCAAUGGUUGACACCUUUCUGCGAGAAAGAUACAAGUCGGGAAUCAACAUCCUUUUAAAGGUCAACUUCCACUGUAGAGACGCCUCUCUUAGCCACAAUCCCGCAUUGUUUGCGGUACCCAGUCUAGCCAGCCCUCCAAAAAGUUAA